UGAUUUUCAAGUGUCAGUUAUCGAUCCAAAAAAUCUCUCGGCGUAUCUCACAUUUUGUACCCCAAAAAUGAUCGGCGUCUCCAUGUACUCAAUACAGCCUUUGUGGUUGGUGUUAUGUGUGCUAUCAUCACCAGCGGUCGCAGAAGGUAUACUUAAUAGUGUGGAAAGCCAGGACGGAGAUGGAGAAUCAGAGUCAUCUUCAACGACGCAAAAUGUUUCCUCUAAAGGAAUGAUUAUUCUAUGCACCAUCGUGGCAUUGGUGUUGGUUAUCGGUGUACUAUUCACCGUUGUGUUCAUUACUGUAAAGAAGAGGAGCUUAAAGAUACCAAAGACAGCCUCCUUACCAGAUGAAGCAGUCACAGAGGCCACGGAAAGAUCGUUGAGUGGCAAUAUACCGGCCGAAAGGGACGGAUCUAGACCCAAAUCUUUGAAACACGAAGAGAUUCAGCCAGAUGUAGAGAAGAAUGCUGGCGUUGAUCCAAGCCGACCGCACAGAAAUGCAUGGAUAAAGCAAAGAGGAUGGGGAUCCUACUUUUCUUUCGGGCGCGCAUAAAAUCAUCUCACAGCCACAUCGCUUCGUUCAACUCGGAUCUUCCGAGCGAUCCAGUCAAGAGACAUUGAAUUGAGAGCAGCUCAGCGUGAUGGCUUUCAUUCCAGUUGUUGUACUUUUCAUAAUCUUUCUUGCCGUGCCAUCAUCCCCUCACCCCCCAACCCCUUGAUGUACAUUUGGAGGAUACCCUGCACUCACUAAAUCUGAAAGUGAGUCCUAUAUGGGGUAGAAGCUUGAGAAUCAAGGAAUGACAAGAAUGAUCACACCGAUAGUGGAUCCAGUCUGUCUGUAGGGGAGCAUCAAUGUCAUGGAAAGCCUUGCCCAAACAAUGUUGAGUGGGGACGCCCCGCGGUGUGUUGCAGAGGAUCAUCCAAUCAGUCGCGCCAAUUCCAUGCUUCGUGGAUGACGGCAAGUCUUUCCGUCUGGAGUGAGCAACUCCACCCGUC